CGCUUGAGUAUUUACAGUGGUUCUUUAAAUAUUUGUUCAGUGAUUUUCUUUGUGUCGAUUGAGUAACAGUCAAUUAUCGAAUCGCAAUGAGUUUUAAUUUGAUUAUCGCAGGUAUUUUGUUGUUGUUAUCGCACAAUAUCGGUGGUUUGCCGCCUCUCGAUUCACGUGAGAACAAAGAGAUUGUUGGCCAAGCGACGAAUAUCAUCACGGCUAAAUUGCUGAAGGGAAAUGUUGAAAAUCAAAAAAAUUCCAUCUUUUCGCCCAUUGGAUACGCAUCAAUUUUGGCGAUCUUAGGUGAAGGCGCACAUGAGGAGACAAACAACGAUAUUAAUACCGUUUUAAAGCAUCCAAAUGAUCGGGCAUCGGUACGUGGCGCCUAUCGAUCCGUCUUGUCACACUUACAAGGCAUGGAUCCGCAGGCUGCACCACAGUUUCGUAGCUGGUUCUAUAUUUACAAAAAUAACACCAUCGAUGAUUCGUAUCGUGAGAUUUUGGUGAACGAUUUUUAUGUGACCGUUCGAAAUGUAGAACCAUAUGAGCAACAAUCGAUGGAUGCAACCACUUAUUCAAUCGUUAGACCAACAGAAGAGAUGCAAUCGUCGACGAAAGCACCAGAUGAUAAAGCGAAAAAUGAAGAUAAACCAACAAAUAGCAAAGAUAUUGUUGAAUUUGAUUCAUUUAAAAUGGAAGGCGGUCCAGUGGAUGAAACACGCAUUGACACCCAAAAUGAUCCAUCGAAAUUUGAUGAAGUUAUUGAAGAUCAACAAUAUGUUGAGGUUCCACUUAUUAAAGACGAAAUGGCAAAACAUAAAGUUGAGACGGUGAACAAUGAAGAGGCGGUUGGAGUGGGCAGCGGUGCAAAUGACGCAAAGAAAGUUUUAUUGCCAUUGAAACAGUAUGAAGAGAUGGAAAUUAUGCAAGCGGCAGAAACACGAUUGGGCAAAGUUUUUGGUGGAAAAUCAGGCGAAGGUGCUUCAAUUGUAAGCGGGGGUUCGAUCGUUGGAGAAAAGGAAAACUUGACCGAAACUGAUACCAAUCGAUUUGAGCCAAAAAUGUUACUGUUCAAUGGAUUAUACUAUCAUGGAAAUUGGGCCACUCCAUUCCAGCAUUUGCGUGACGAAAAUGUUGAAAAUAUCUUCAAUACGAUGAAUGGUCAAAGAAUCCCGAUAAAAAUGAUGAAAGCUCAAGGUUACUUCAAAACUGCCAACAUUACAAAGUAUAAGAGUGAAGCUGUUGAAUUUCCGUAUGAGAAUAUUCGUUACUCGAUGCUUGUCGUGAUUCCAGAGGGUUCCGAUGGUUUGAAGUAUUUAAUAAAUGAAUUCAAUGCGAAUACAUUGAAUGAAAUCAGUAAUGAAUUGGCCGAUGAAUUUAUAACGGUGAAUUUACCGAGAUUUGAAGUGCAAACAACGAGUGGCGCGGAAAAGGUGCUUGCCAAAGAAGGUUUGGCAUCCUUAUUCACCUCAAAAGCUGACUUCAGCGGUAUAUCGAAAUCGUUAAAACUUCGUCUCGACGAAUUACAACAGCACGUCAACUUACGCGUCGAUGAAACAUCAAGUGCCGAAAACUUUUUGACUGCAUCAAUUGCAUUGCGAUCAAAUGGCCCGCUGAAUGAUCGUACCAUCGUUAUAAAUCGACCAUUUUUGUUCUUUGUUCGUGAUCGCAUCGACGAUGUGACCAUUGUAGCCGGUAAAAUUACAUCAUUGGAAUCAUUUGCCAUGGACGAACCCGAAAUUUCUCAAUAAAUUGCAGCCAUUCAGUUUGUGAUAGAGAAUUAUGCUGCUAAAUUUAGAUUUAUGAUUGAGAAAGACAUAAUUUAAAAGACUUAAAUACGAAAUAAUUCGAUUGAAUAAAUCAUAUUUUAUUUUAAACAAUAAUAAUAUAUACUAUGUCAUUAGUCACAUCGAUUUUGUAGAAAAUCAUUAAAUACAACGACAAAUUGAAGAGAAAAUCGA